UUGACGACUUGACGAGAACGAGGCGGUGGGAUUGUUUUAAAACUGUUUGCGUGUGCUAGAAGUGAAAACAAAGUGAAUUGUAAUAUUUAUAAAUAUCCUAAUAAAAUUAUUCAAUUAUACGAGUCACGAUCGUGACAGCAAUGGAUAAUAGACUUCUUUUGUAAACGUUUAAAACGCUAGUGAAAUGUGAAUGAGUUUAAAAAAAUAAAGGACGUAUAUAAUUUAAAUUUCUUUUUAUAAAAUAUCUAAUUUUCCUAAUAUAAAAUGGAUUCAGAAUUCGUUCACAUAUCUACCAGUCUGCGAUUACAGCUCGGCUAUGGCAUUGGGCAUGUAUUAAAUGAUGUCUGUGCAAGUUUAUGGUUUACAUAUUUCUUAGUUUAUUUUCAUUUAGUGCUUGAGUUUACUGCUUCCCAGUCAGGGACUCUAAUGUUAAUUGGUCAAGUUAUGGAUGCUGUAUCAACACCAUUUGUGGGUUACCAUUCAGACCAUACAGAUAAUCACUUAAGUUUAAAAUAUGGUCGACGGAAACUGUGGCAUUUGUUUGGUACCUUCUGUGUUCUAGCAUCUUUUCCGUUCAUAUUCUCAGAAUGUAUUGGAUGUACAUCAGCACACAAAUGGGCUCAAAUGUAUUAUUAUGCAUCAUUUAUUAUCAUAUUCCAAAUAGGAUGGGCUGCCGUGCAGAUAUCCCAUUUAAGUUUAAUCCCGGAGUUGUCGGAAGAUGACCAUACCAGGACACAUCUGACUGCAAUCAGAUAUGGUUUUACAGUAUUCUCAAAUCUAUUUGUUUAUAUUAUCACAUGGAUUAUAUUACAUUUGACUGGGGAAUGUGACAGACAUCAAGUGGGACCUACUGACGCUUGGAAAUUUAGGCAUAUUGUCUACAUAGUAUUAGGACUAGGAACAUUAGCAUCAAUAAUAUUUCACUUCUCCGUAACUGAGAAAAAUAACUAUCUACGUCGUGAUCAAUUUUUAGAAGGCGAAAGUGGUGCGCAUUAUGAUUUUCUACGCAAACCACACAUGUAUCAGGUGGCAGGCGUGUACAUGUGUACAAGGUUGGUGGUGAACAUAUCGCAGGUGCUCAUCCCCUUGUACCUCCAUCGGACUUUAGGGCUGGCUGCACGAGCCCUAGCUGUAGUUCCUCUCGCCUUGUACCUCGGCAGUCUGGCUGCUGCUGGAGUCCAGAGGUUGGCACCAAGGUCCUUCACGAGAAAACUUAAUUAUUUGACCGGUUCCGCAUGUGCUAUUGCUGGUUUUGUGUGGAUUUAUCUCGGAUCAGAUGAUGAUUAUAAAGUGUAUUUCAUUUAUGUGGUUGCCGUGUUAAUAGGUUUUGGUGGUGCAGUGAUGUUGGUGACAAGUCUAGCUCUGACGGCUGACCUGGUUGGCGCUAGGACGGAAGCUUCUGCCUUUGUAUACGGCCUCAUGAGUUUCACUGAUAAGCUCGCGUGCGGCGUCGCCAUUGCGAUUAUACAAGCCUAUGCCGACGGAGCUGACCCUGCGUACUAUGCGAAUGCGUUGGUGUGGGUGUGUGGUAUAGCAGCGAUUGCGGGACUGAUACUCACACUACUGUUACCUAAAUUCCGAUCUGAUGCCUUACUACUCAGUGGUGAAUCCUCAAUUAAUAAUUCCGACGUAAACGCUGAAGAACAGGAACCAGCGCUGAUAGAAAGGAUAUGAAGAAUUAUUUAGAUACAAUAGACUAAUUAUAGGCAAGUUAGAGCAUUAAUCAUGAACAUUUCAGCAGCUUCGUAAUAAGUUCUAUUUUAUUUGUUGUAUACAAUUAUGCACAAACAGCCAAGUUAUUAAAAAAAAGGUAAGAAAAUAAAAUUGAUUUCAUACAGAAACAGUAAGAAACAUUGGUUGGUUAUCAGGUUGAUCAAUAGUUAUAAAAGAUUUGAUUUAGUUAAAAAGCAUAUCAAUUUAGUAUAACAAUUUUUAUUUUCUUACCUAUAUAUCUAAUGACUCGAUUUACUGUACAUUAAUUAUAAUCAUUGACCGUAACUCCAGUUGACAGUUACAAAAGAAUUUUCGUUUUUAAUGUUCUCUUUGAUAUUAUUGUUACGGGUGUGAUAUUAUAUUAGUAUUCAAUUUAACCAUUCCGCAGCAUAAGUAUAAAGUACCAAUGAUACUUAGGUAGAGAUCUCAAGUAACUGCUGUAUGAGGGAUAAUGGAAAUUGUAGCUCAAACUAAUAUUUAUACAUUCCAGUUACUUAAGUAGGCACUGUUGUGAUAAUUCGACAUUUUAAUGAAUUUUAUAUAGUAUGUGAAAAUCUUUAUAUUGACUGUUGUUGUUAAACGUAAUGUAGGUGCUACAGUGUAAAGAUAUAAAAAGUGAAUGCAAUAAAGGUUUUAUAUUUGUCUAUUUGUGAACGUUUUAGUAGGUUAGGCCUUUAAAAUAUGACAUAUAAUAUUGACUAUUUAUUACACAAGGUAUCUAACUUAAUAAAUUAUAAAUUAAAUUAUUAAUGUAUUCCUAAAUAAUUCUGAAUAAUAUUUGCCUCUUCAUGAUAUUUUCAAAU